UUUGUCCUGCCGAAGGAACUACAUUUCCAUGACGGCAGCUUGCGCGUUGUUGAGCAACAAGGUGGGGCUUUGUGGCUCAGUUUGAAUCAACAAGUUUCCCGGACAGGCAGACGGCUCCUCCAUCGUGUCUCCUCAGCGGCAGGUGGUCAGCACGCGUCCCCGGCGCUUAACCAACCGCAGCUUGUCAACUGGAUUAUGAUGUUUUCACCUGAGACCAGGGCUGGAAUGGACGGAGUAGAAUAACUUCUUUUGAGGCAGUUCUCUCAGUUUUUUUUCUCUGUCUUUUCUCAAAGGACGCUGAAAGUGAACGCUGUAAAUUGGUAGAUAAGAGUUUUGUUUUUGUUUUUUGUUUUUGUGGCGAGCUGCGCGUCUUUGCAUGCAUAAUGCUCUGAGAUCCUCUGACACCUGGUGAUAGUUUUAGAGUUUUGUUUUUUUUUUUUUAAUUACAAGUUGUAAAUAAUGGCAUUUGCAAAGUUCAGCAAAAUCCUCCGCCUGCCUACUAUUGAAAUAAAGAAGAAAGUCAAGCAGUACGAGCACGUCCACCGGGACAUCAAUCCAAACGAUUUAUGGGAAAUUAUUGGCGAACUGGGCGAUGGCGCGUUUGGGAAGGUCUACAAGGCCAAAAACAAAGAAACAGGAGUUCUGGCUGCAGCCAAAGUGAUCGAGACAAAAUGCGAGGAGGAGUUGGAGGACUACAUGGUGGAGAUCGACAUCCUGGCUAAAUGUGACCACCGCUACAUCGUGAAGCUGCUCGAUGCAUUUUACCAUGACAACAAACUGUGGAUCAUGAUUGAGUUCUGCCCUGGAGGUGCUGUGGAUGCCACAAUGCUCGAGUUGGACCGUGGACUGACAGAGCCGCAGAUUAAGGUGGUUUGUCGCCAGAUGUUGGAGGCUCUGGACUACCUCCACAGCAUGAAGAUCAUCCACAGGGACCUGAAGGCUGGUAACAUCCUCCUCAUGCUGGAUGGGGACAUAAAGCUGGCUGAUUUUGGCGUGUCUGCAAAAAAUACCAAAACCCUGCAAAGAAGAGAUUCUUUCAUCGGAACGCCAUACUGGAUGGCUCCAGAGGUGGUGAUGUGUGAGACGAUGAAGGACGCUCCGUACGACUACAAGGCUGACAUCUGGUCUCUGGGAAUCACUCUGAUCGAGCUCGCGCAGAUCGAACCUCCUCACCACGAGCUCAACCCCAUGAGGGUGCUGCUGAAGAUCGCCAAGUCUGAGCCUCCGACCCUGGAGCAGCCAUACAAAUGGUCACAGGAGUUUAAAGAUUUCCUGAAGAAAGCUUUGGAUAAAAACCCAGAGAUUCGCCCAACUGCAGUCCAACUCAUGGAGCACCCUUUUGUGAGAUCGGUGACGUCCAACCGUCCGCUGAGAGAGCUGGUGGCCGAGGCCAAAGCUGAGGUCAUGGAGGAAAUAGAAGACAAUAGAGAGGAAGGAGAGGAGGACGACGCCAUGGAACUCACUGUGUCUCCAGGCAAGGAACCAUGCCAGACUAGUCAGACCAGUUUGGAAGAAGACCAUUCCCCGGACACCCCGAGCCCCACCACGCCGUCCCCCACCACAGCGAUACCUUUUCCCAAGAAAGAGGCUGAGCCAGAUACGCCCACGGAGGAGCAGCCGAACCCCAACAUGGUGGUCCCUGUUCCUCUGCCGAGACAGAACAUCCCACCGAAAGAUCCAGAGGAGAUGGGAGAGAAACUGGUCAAUGAAGUCAUUCUGGAGUCAGACAAAUCUGAGAGUGAGGCCUCGACCAAGACUUCCAGUUCAGACUCGGGCAUUGAGGAUGGGAAGAGUACCCCUACACUGGAGGAGGAGAAGGUUGCUGUGGAGACCCCAGAGACAGAGCAGCCACCAUCUCUCCACCAGCCUGAGGCCUCGGAGGAUCAAGUCGACAUCAUCAUAGACUCUGCAGAACCAGAGGUGCCCAAGAUCCAAGUGACUGAGGAAGAGAGCAACACUAAAGCUAACGGAGAGUUACCGGCUGCAAGCCCGAGUCCUGCUGUCACUGCAGCACCCAGUCCCACGCCCUCUUCUGCUCCAACCCCAGUACCUGCAUCCCGUUCUGGGGCAAACGGCACCCUAAGCAAAGGUGCUCCAGAGCGGACGUCAAUAGGAGGAAACUCUGAGUCUGUCUCACCGUACAUGAAUGGAGGGAUUAUCAACAAACGGUACUCUUACUCUGGCAGCAUGGCAUCUGAGAGCAUGGACAUGUCGAUCCACAAGGAGAACAUCUCCAUGUCUUCAAGGGCCUUUUCAAGUAAGACUCUGAAGCGAACCAGGAAGUUUGUUGUUGACGGCGUGGAGGUGAGCGUGACCACCUCCAAGAUCAUCAAGGAUGACGAGAAGAAAGAUGAGGAGAUGAGAUUCCUGAGACGCCAGGAGCUGCGUGAGCUUCGUUUACUGCAGAAGGAAGAGCACCGCGUUCAGGCUCUUCUCAACAGCAAACUGGAAAUCCAGAGAGAACAAAUGCAAAGACGUUUCGACCAGGAGAUGCAUUCCAAGAAGAAACACUACGACAUGGAGUUAGAGAAUCUGGAGAAGCACCAGAAGCAAACUAUCGAGAAAAUGGAGACGGACCACAAUUUUAAACUUAAAGACGAGACCAAACACAUCAAAGCAGUGCAGGAACGAGACUACCGCAAGUUCCAGGAUCAGUUAAAACACAAGAAAAAGGAGGUAAAACAGUCUGUUGAUAAGCUGCCCAGAAGUCAGCGUAAAGAAUCCUUGAAACAGAAGAUGAAUUCCUUCCAAGAAGAAAAGAUAAGAGACGAGGAAAAAUUCUUGUCAGAUCAGAAGAACUAUCUGGACACCACACUGAAGAGGAUCAUCUCCAACAACAAGAGAGAGAUCGCACAGAUGGAGAGGGAAUGCCUCGACAGAAAGCACCACCUAAUCAGAGAGCGUGAGGCUACGAUAUGGGACAUGGAGGAGAAGAACCUUCACGAGAGACACCAGUUAUUGAAGCAGCAGCUGAAAGACCAGUAUUUCCUUCAGAGGCAUCAACUUCUAAAGAAACAUGAGAAGGAGCAGGAACAGAUGCAGUGCUACAACCAGCGCAUGAUUGAAAUCCUGAAAGCUCGGCAGCAGCAGGAGAAGAGCCGUUUGCCGAAGAUUCAGCGCGGUGAGGCGAAGACUCGCAUGGCCAUGUUCAAGAAGAGCCUCCGCAUCAACUCAACAGGAAGUGCCUCGGAGGACAGAGAGAAGAUCAAACAGUUUUCUCAGCAGGAGGAGAAGCGGCAGAGGGCAGAGCGGCUGCAUCAGCAACAGAAGCAUGAGAACCAGAUGAGGGAGAUGGUUGGUCAGUGUGAAAGCAACGUCAGAGAGCUGCUGCAGCUGCAGAAUGAAAAAUGCCACCUGCUGGUUGAGAAUGAGACUCAGAGGCUCAAGCAGUUGGAUGAACAACACAACCAGCUGCUGAAGGAGUGGAGGGAUCUGCUGAAGCCCAGAAAAAAGGCCCUUGAAGAUGAGCUGAACACGAAGAAAAGAGAACAGGAGGCUUUUUUCAGGAUGAGUGAGAGUUCUGAUUGCCCAAAUCCCAGUUCUCCCCAUAAGCUCUCCAAGUUUAUGCCUUACCAAGACUCUUCCAACACAUAAAACUAGAUGCUGUGACCCUGCACAAUAUUUCCUGCCCACUGAUAGAAGCAACACAGACACCCUGCAGGUGUUACCCGCUGCCUCAGUUUUAAUUUGCUUUACCAGUAAUGGCAGCAUGCCUAUCCCUCCAUUAGGUUUCUUCAUAAUUUUAGUCAAUAUUUAUGUCUUAACUCAUGUUUUAACUCCUGCUCUGAGGUUUUUCUUUGAAAAUGUUUUGUACUAUGUGAUCAGCUUCACAUAACUUACCUAAUAUCUGUUUUCGUACAAUGUCUUAGUUUUCUUUUUCUGUUGAAAUCUGGCUACAGCUCAACACUGAAACAUGAGAAUAGUAUGAUAUAGUGGCUAGUCGAUUUAGGUGAGCUGAAGACACCAAAUUAAAUAAUCUGUUUUAAUGAGUAAAUAUCAAGUAAAACACCUUUUAUGUUUGGAAUCAGUCCAAAGCACUCAGCCAGGGAAUUUCUUUUUGCAUAACAAGAAAAAAUGCUUUGAAAACUAGUGAGGCAGUAAUUCAGCACCUUUUGUUUACCGCAGAUUAUCAGUAAUAUGAUCAAAAACACACUCAAAUCGCUUAUUUCCCCCAUAUCUCAAUACCUUGGUUAGUUACUUGCUUUGUCCAUUAGGUUUAGUGCAUGUCACAUAGCUGCCAAAGUCUGCCUUUAUUUAUUUUUCCUGGAAAAGAACAUCAUCCGGAUCUAUCACUGUAAAUGUUAAUUUAAAUCUCUUAAUAACUAACACCCAUUGUAUGAAGGAUGUGCUCAUAAUUUUGUAUUUUUUUAUGGGGGAUGAGGCUGAAUCCAAAGUUGUUAGAAUUGAAUGAUUUCUUUUAAAUGACUAUUUAGGAGUUAGAUUUUAACAAACAAGGAAAGACUAAUUGUUUUUCACGUUAUUGCUGUUUUCUGUUGUAUUUUUUUUUUUACACUGUAAAAUCAGUCACACUGGAUGGGAUCUGACAAAGCCAAAGCAAAGAUACUGUUCUGUUUGUCUGAAGGAUGUUAUAUGGGGGAUUUAAAUCUGGAUUUAAAAAAAUAUGUAGUAAGUGUAUAAUUGUGCAGUGAAUGAACUGCCUGCUAACCAAUGUGCAAUAUUAGAUGUAUGUCUUUCUUAAACUUUGCCUUCCUUUGCACUGAGAGGGAGAAUAAUGUGAAGAGUUUAGCUCCAAAUAUAGAUCUUUUUGAGAUUUGGUUAAAAAAUGUUCCAUCUUUUAUCAUUUUAAUUACUUAAGAAGCAAUAAAUUUGUGUUUUAAUUUAUCAAGCAAUGAUCUGCUUUUGGAACACAAGUCUUCAUAUCAUUUUUAAGGGGAUGCAACAGUUCAGUGUGCUGUAAGAUGCCUCGAGAUGUUUAAUCUUCAACUGAAGCCUAACGUUUGCAGCUGAGGAUCCCGUUGCCUUGUUGAGCGAGAUCGUGUUUUUAUAGAGUAGCUCGGCCUGCAGGUUUACACUGAAUUAGGUCAGCAGUCAGGUACAACUUAGUCUCUCUGUCUCGCUCCCUCUCUCACACUCUUGUCUCUGAAGUAUUUAAAUUUAUUUUAAGAAAUGUUUUCUUCUCUGUCACAUUUAAUGGCUCCAUCUAUGUCUUCCUCUCUGCCUCAGUUUACAUAACAUUAUUUGUGUGGAGGGCUCGUGAGUAUGAAUGUAACUGUAUCAGAAGGAACCACUGUUGUAAAUAACUCCUAAUAAAUGCAGAUUUUCUAAUUA